GCAUGCGUCAAGACUGUUAUAAAUGGAGCAGCAGAUAAACUUAGUUCAGGAAGAUUUGCUUCUUAACUAUGAACAUUAUACCUCAAAUUGUCAGGAUAUACUUGAAAGACUAAGAGACGCGAUCUCUAACUCAAGAUUAGAAGAUGCGGCUCAAUACGCGGUUUAUUUAGCUAAGAGAGGAUUAAAUAUUUUGAUGACCAUAGAACCGAAACCGAAAGAAGACGACUUAAACGAUGUUGAAACAUUAUUUCCACUGGACAUAGUCAUUGAGAGUAUAAAUGCAGAUGGCGUGAAAAUCCAAAAGAAUGUUAGACCUUCCAUGACAUUCGAAGAUUUGAACAUUAAUAAUUUGAUUUCUGAUGUAUUAAAGAUGCUAUGUGAAUAUGGUAUUUUCCCUGAGCUACAAAGAUCAAAUUUGAGUGACACUGAGAACUUGAGAGAAAAAUACAAAAAGUAUUUACCACACGAAAUAGAAGAAAAUUCAGCACAAGCUGCUGCUGACAUUGAUAAUUCAAUAAGCGAAAAUACGGAAGACACUAUAGAAAGCUGUGUAGAGUCAGAAUCAAGUGAAAGAAUUGGAAAUGCUAAAGAAAAGAAACAGGGAUGGGAAUGUGAGAGAUGUACAUUUAAUAACUUUCCAUCGAGACCAGGUUGCCAGAUGUGUACUAGUUCACGACCGGAGUCAUACAAAAUUCCUGAUGAUUACAUAAUGAGUAAGGAAGAGGAAGAAUGGCUAAAUGAACAACGUAUUGCAGAUGUAGUAGAGAGUGAACUUCAAGCCACUUGUUCGGCUAUUAGUGACGUUGUUAGAUAUGAGACAUUUAAAACUUAUCAAACAGCAUAUGAUUCUCCUCUUGUUUAUUCGAAUUGUGAAUUUCAGUGCCCUGUGUGCUUCGAUACUAUUCCUGCCAAUGAAGGUGUCUGUUUGAGAGAAUGUUUGCAUGAAUUGUGUAAAGAAUGUUUAAAGCAGGUAAUCCAAAAUACAUUGUCUCCGGAAGUAAAAUGCCCUUUUCGAGACUCUGAAGUUAUUUGCAAUGCUGAUAUCCUUCAUUCUGAAAUUAGGGGAUUACUUACCGAAGAGGAAUAUAAUAAAUUUAAUGAAAGAAGUUUGCAAGUGGCCGAGGCUAGAGCCGGCGAUCAGGCAUUCCAUUGUAAAACAGUAGACUGUCCCGGGUGGUGCGAAUACGAUGAUAAUGUGAAUUUUUAUUUUUGUGAAAAUUGUGGCCACAACAACUGUCUCACUUGUAAGGCAAUUCAUGAAGAUCAAGAUUGCAAAACAUAUCAGGAAGAUUUAAGUAUAAAGGCUAAGAAUGAUAAAGACGCAUUCGAAACACAUCAACAGCUGAUGAACUUGAUCAAAACUGGCGAUGCAAUGAAGUGUCCGAAUUGUUCUAUAGUUUUAUCCAAAAAAGCUGGUUGCGAUUGGAUAAAGUGUUCUAUGUGUCAAACCGAAAUUUGCUGGGCAACUAAAGGACGCAGAUGGGGACCAGGGGGUACUGGAGAUACAACUGGCGGAUGUAAAUGUGGAAAAAAUGGUGAACGGUGCCAUCCAAAUUGUAGAAACUGUCAUUAA